CGGUGCGCGGCGCCGUCCGGCCGCGCGGUGCAUUGUGGGCGCGGCCGAGGCAGUAAAAUGGCGGACCUGGCGAACGAAGAAAAACCUGCCAUUGCUCCACCUGUCUUUGUAUUUCAGAAGGAUAAAGCACAGAAGUCCCCUGCAGAGCAAAAAGCUUUGUCGGAUUCAGGCGAGGACCCCCAGGGAGAGGUUGAGCCCCUCCACCAUGGUCUGGGUCAUACAGAACCAGCUGGUGAGCGCGACUCUGAGCACCCUGCUCCCACUGUGGCCUCAGUCAGUGCUACCCUGAGUCCCGCUGCUGCAGCCCAGCUUGCUCCUAUUCAUCAAGAACUGGCAGGGAGAUCAGCAGAUGGAUCAAGUCCAGAAGAUGGAGAUGAGUCUGAUCGAGAGGAUGGAAGUUACUGUCCACCUGUAAAACGUGAGAGAACUUCAUCCUUAACUCAGUUCCCUCCUCAGUCAGUAGCGAAGAACAAUGUCUUUAUGCCAUCAAGCUUCUGUGAACCCUCUACAGGCAAUUCUGACUCAGAACCAGAGGAGAAGAGCAGUGGAUUCCGGCUGAAGCCACCAAUACUUAUCCAUGGUCAGGCACCCAGUGCAGGUCUCCCCAGCCAGAAACCGAAGGAACAGCAGCGCAGUGUGCUCCGUCCAGCAGUGUUACAGGCACCAAAAGCUUUCUCACAAAUGGUUCUCAGCAGUGGCACUAAUGGUGUAAAUAUCCCGCCAGAUUCUGCAGCCACAUCAGAAUUACCAAGUGAUGCAACACUGAAAAGUUCUGACUCUGAAGAUAAGGCAGGAGAAUGUCAGAAAAAGGAGUCCAACAAUACUUCAGAUAACAGCUGUGAGAAGGCUGAACUAAAUGCACAGCAAGCGUUUGUAUUUGGGCAAAACUUAAGAGACAGAGUUAAGCUGGGAGAUGAGAGCGAUGAAAGUGCUGACGUGCAGAACGCUGGCCUUCCUACAGCAGAUGCACCUUCUGCAACCAACUAUUUCCUACAGUACAUCAGUUCCAGUGUAGAGAACUCUACAAACAGUGCAGAUGCAUCUAGCAACAAGUUUGUUUUCGGACAGAACAUGAGUGAGCGAGUCCUAAGUCCACCAAAAUCAAAUGAAGGUAGUACAGAGAGUAAUAAGGAGAAUGCUGCUACAGAGUCUGGGUCUGAAUCGUCUUCUCAGGAGGCCACGCCAGAGAAAGCUAAUAAUAUUUCAGAAUCACUGGCAGAGUCUGCAGCAGCCUAUACUAAAGCAACAGCCAGGAAGUGUUUAUUAGCGAAGGUAGAAGUGAUUACUGGGGAGGAAGCUGAAAGUAACGUCUUACAGAUUCAGUGCAAGCUGUUUGUAUUUGAUAAAAGCUCUCAGUCUUGGGUGGAAAGAGGUAGAGGACUCCUGAGACUCAAUGAUAUGGCCUCGACAGAUGAUGGAACGUUACAGUCUCGACUGGUGAUGAGGACUCAGGGGAGUCUCAGGUUAAUCUUAAAUACCAAGCUCUGGGCCCAGAUGCAGAUUGAUAAAGCCAGUGAGAAGAGCAUCCGGAUCACUGCCAUGGAUACAGAGGACCAGGGAGUUAAAGUUUUUCUUAUAUCAGCGAGCUCUAAAGACACAGGGCAGUUGUUUGCUGCUUUGCACCAUCGCAUCUUGGCCUUGCGGAGCAGGGUGGAACAGGAGCAGGAAGUUAAGAAUGUAGCACCUGAGCCAGAGGUAACACAGUCAAACGAGGAAGACAGUGAUGAUGAUGUCAUUGCACCUUCAGGAGCAGUUGGAAGUGGUCCUAAUGAUGAAGGUGACGGGCAGAACGUUGGCAGCACAUAGCAGAUGUGAGCCAACCUGCUUGCAAGGCUGCUAUGAACACCAUCUUGCAGGCACCUCUGGGUACCCCAGGCCAGCGAUUAUUUCAGGCAGUGUCGAAGGCUCCAGGACUAAAGAACUGUGCAUCCCUGUUCUGUUUGUUUGAUUUUUUUGGUCUGGAUCAGUAGAUUCCACACAAAAAAAAAGCAGACUUGGAAAAACUACCUGAAUGUGGUUUGGGACGUUGAAAGCUCAUCAUAUUGAUGAGCAAAAAAAAAAACAAAACAAAAAAAAAAACAAACACAAAAAAACCCAACCCCAGAACAAAACAAAAAAAAUCCCCCAGCCAACCCCCAAACAUUUCCCCUCUUCCUUGUAAUUGAAAUGGCACAUUACAGCUUGUCACAGCUUUUCAUUGGGACCUUUUGACUGUUUCUUCAGUAGUUCGUGUCUUGCAGGCGCCUCCGAGAUAGAACUUUUUGAUGCGGUUCCAACUCGAAUUCUGCUUUUGCAACCUCUACUCCCCCUUAUGCAGGGAAACCGUGUCCUCACCAAUUCCUAUGCUCACUGGCUGCCCUUUUGGGUUUCUUCUCUUUUUGGACUGCAGAUGGGGCAGGUUAUGUUUUUACCUUUCAAUCCCAACAGAGGUUGUGGACACCAUCGUUCCCUGUCUAGUGGGUUUGUAAACAGAGAGAAACAAAACAUUGUGGUUCACCAGAAAAGCUUUUUUAAUGCAGUAAUAAGAGACUUUAAAGCCCGCAGGAUGUUUUGCUAACUCCUUUCUUUCUUCCCAUCUCAUUAUUAUUAUUUGGGGAUUUAUAUUGUGGUGAAACUUUUUUAUUUUAGUUUUUCAAUAAGAUGCUCUUGUGUGUUGAAAAAGUGAAACUAUUGUUUUGUACUGUUCUGUUACUAUUUAAGGGAGAGCUAAGCCACUAUAAAUAAUAGAUGUUGCAUACAAUUUUUCUUAGAAAAUUAUGUUUCUGUGGCUACAGUGAAGUGUAGGAGGCAUACAGGUUACACCUUCAGAAAAGUUGAUGAGGAAAUAGCUGUUAGCCCUUGGAAGAAUAAAAUAAGCUCAUGUAAUGAGCUCCGCCAGCCAUUAAAAUAAAUUGUAUAAUAAAGCAGCUCAUUCAAUGGCUUGAUUCAACAAGCCAUUUAAGCACUUGCCUGACUUAACUACAUGUGAAUAAUCUUACUGAAGUCAAUGCAACUCUUCAUGCUUAAAGUUGAGGACAUUUUUAAAUAUCUUGCUGAAUUAAUGGCCUUAAAUAGAAAAUAUAACUUCUAACCCUUCCUGUCCCUGUUCUGUUUCCUUUUUCCCUGUUCAGUCUUGCAGCAUGAAGAAAAAGGUAAUACUGCCAGCCUUGAGUAGUUUGGGCUGAAGGUUAUUGUAUUCUGUUCCACCAAAAUAAAAGCAAGAAUGUGUUUUCCUGUGUGUAAUUCUGAAGUACUCCUACUGUAACCAUAACUCUUUUUUUGUUUUGUUUUUUAAUCUUUUGAGCCUUUUGUGUGAAAGUUGAGUUUUAUUUUGUUAUUAAAACAUAAACUAUGUUCUUGUCCAGCAAAGUUGGAAUUGGUAGUCACCAACGACAGUGACCAGGUCACUUUCACUAUAAAUUCCCCAAAUUGUUCUACUUCCUUUAUAAAUAGUUUACUGGUAGAUAAUUUCUCACUUGUUCUUCUUGUUCUUCUGUAGGUUAAGGACAUCUAAAAUGCACCACUUAAAUGCUUCUUCCCCUUUCAUUUUCUUUUAAUGUAGUACGAAUUGAAAAUGGAAACUCAGGUUAUAGCACAAAAUCAGCUUUGAAAUUGAAUAUUCAAAUAGCAGAACAGUCCUUAUUGCUUCUGUUUUAAUGAAACAUACUUUUCACUGGCAGUCAAAAACAAGUUUUUCCCUUUUAUUUGUUGUUAACCAUUGUUGGAGACUGAUGCUGUUGGGGCAGGGAGUGCUUUGCUUUUCCUGAUAGGCAGUUGAAAGGAACAUCUUGGAUUACUUUUCUGGGAAGUGAAAAGGGCUAAUGAUAAGCUGUGCCACUGCAUCUGUGAUUUCUUUGGAUUUGCCUGCUCAUACCUUCUUGCACUUUGAGGGUUUUUUUCUCCUUAGAAUUAUGGGGGUUUUUAACAAUGCACAGACCUGUUGCUGCACCCCAUACUCAUGCCAUGCUCCUACAGGAGCACAGCACGUUCUUCAGCACCCACCUCACAACUGUUUCUGCAUCACAAGGUCUGGGGGACUUCUGUACUUUCAAGUGAGUGACCUGCAUUUUGGAUCUGGGAUCUUUUUACAUUAUUAAGGUGCUCAGAAUUAAACUACUCUUUUCAAACAUCCUUGAACCAUAAAGCUGCUUCUUGUCAGCAGGUGGUUGUUCAUAAAGAAAACUAAUAAGGUGUCUUGGUGAACAGGUCUACUUGUGGGGAAAACAGGCAUUGUUUCCUGGUCCCAGACUUCAUGGGGUCUGUGCUGAGUCUCACUUUGAGGUGUUUUACCUGAAAUGCAGUUGAUGGUGCAUGAAGAUUCAAAAAAAUGAAAUAAGCAUGCUUGCUUUGAUGGGCUUUGGUGGUACACAAUCACCUAGAGCAUUCUAAAAACUUCAGCAACUAUUUACUGAUGCAGAUUUCAUUUUAGCUAGAAGCUUUGCAUAAAUGUUUAUAGUGAAGAGGGAAAUGUUACUGUGCACCCCUGACAGAAUUGGCUGUGGGUUGAGUUCAGGCCCUGCCCAGCAAGAUGUAGUUAGGCCAAAGCAAAACCCUGACUUAGCUCUCUGCUUCAAGCCUUAGUAAACCAGUGACAGGCAAAACUAGAUAGUGCCCACAUGUCUCAAAAGAUCUCUAUAAGACUGUCAUCCAAAUGUAUGUGGGAACUACAUUAAAACUUGUGCCAGCCAGCAAGCAAACAAAA